AUGUCCCACAUCACCCUUGCCCAGCAGGGCUUGGCCGCCGCCGAGGCCAGGGAUUGGGACGGCGCCAUCACCAAGCUCUCCAAGGCGCUACAGUCGUCACAAAACCCGGCCUGGCUGCUCGCGCGGUCCAAGUCUCUCAUCAACCUGCGCCGCUACGAAGAGGCCCUCGACGACGCCAAUCUCGCCUGGCACACAGCCUACGCCCGCAACAAACGACCCCUCAUGAUCGAGGCCAACUACCGCCGCGCCGUCGCCCACUUCCGCCAAGGCAGGCUCGCCGACGCCGACGCCUGCUGCGUCUACGCCAUGCGGCUCAUCAAGGGCGCGCCGGCCGUCGAGAAGGAAGAUCCCGUGGCGAACCUCAGAGAUCCCGAGACGGGCCGCUGGAUCGCGACGGCCAAGGACGCCAUGCACGAAGCGCGGACUGACGACAUUAACAAUGCCAAGCAGGGCGGCGGCGCGGCGGCCAUGGCCAUGGGCGGUGCACAGGCACCGGCAAACGCAAAAGAGUGGCGCAUGGCGAGCACACUGCGAAUUCAGAUUCUCUCGGCCAUGGAGAAGCUGCCUGCAGACGACCCCGCGCGAACGGCUACGGUACCGGCCAAACCCGAAGAAAAGAAGCUCGCAGACUUGUCUGGCGCCGUGGAAGAGACGAAGUCGGCUGCAUCUAGCACUGCCACCACUGCGACUGCCACACCUACGACGACGCAGGCCCCUGCUGUUGCCAAGCCCGUUGUGCCCAGCGAUACCCCUCUACGACUGCAAGAAUUCCAAAGCACCACAACCAUGUCGGUGUCCAUCUUCUCCAAGGGUGUCAACAAGGAGAAGCUCAAGGUCGAUUUCCAGCCACACUCGGUUCACCUCAACAGCGUCGUCUACCCCAACGGCGAUGAAAAGGCGUUCCAGCUCGACCUGUGGGGUGAGAUCGACACAGCCGCCUCCAAGUACACCGUCACACCGAACAAGGUCGAGCUCACCCUCGUCAAAAAGACACCUGGUAAAUGGGCCCAGCUGAAAUCCGACGGCAACCUCAACCAGCCAGCUGCACCCGUCCCGUCGCCCGCUGCCCCGACAGCUGCCGCUGAAGCUUCCACCGCCGAUGUCAAACCAGCAGCGGCCCCAGCGGCUGGACCUGCGUAUCCGUCGUCGUCGCGCACCGGUCCCAAGAACUGGGACCAGCUCGACGUGGGCGAGGACGGCAAGGACGAGGACGAGGGCGGUGACAUCAACUUAUUUUUCAAAAAGAUGUACAAGGGUGCGACACCGGAGCAGCAGCGCGCCAUGAUGAAGAGCUUCACGGAGAGCAACGGCACCAGCCUGAGCACGGACUGGAACGACGUCAAGGACAGAAAGGUCGAGACGGUCCCGCCAGACGGCGUGCAAGCCAGGAAGUGGGAGUAG